UUCCGGUUCCGAUAGCGCCAUAUUGCCGUGAGACAGCAGACUUCGGGAGCAAAACUGAAAGCACUUGUAAUUUCUGUUAUAAUCUGUUUAAACGAACUUUAAUAAAGAGUAAACAACAUGUUGUCGGCAGCAACUUAUGGAGAAAAUGGGAAGAUGAAGGAAUAUCAUUAUAGUGGACCUGUGGAGCACAGAUUCUCACCUUACACGUUUAACGGAGGGACUGUACUGGCUGUUGCUGGUGAAGACUUUGCUAUCGUUGCCUCUGACACUCGACUGAGUGAAGGUUACUCUAUUCACAGCAGAGACUCGCCUAAAUGCUACAAACUAACGGACAGAACUGUAAUUGGAUGCAGUGGAUUUCAUGGAGACUGUCUGACAUUAACAAAAAUAAUUGAUGCUCGGUUGCAGAUGUAUAAGCACUCGAAUAACAAGACAAUGACGAGCGGUGCAAUAGCAGCUAUGCUUUCCACCAUCCUGUACUCUCGACGAUUCUUCCCUUACUACGUUUACAACAUCAUUGGGGGUCUAGAUGAAGAAGGAAGGGGAGCAGUGUACAGUUUUGACCCAGUAGGGUCAUACCAGAGAGAUAAUUACAAAGCAGGAGGCUCUGCAAGUGCCAUGCUGCAACCCCUCCUCGACAACCAGAUUGGCUUUAAGAACAUGGAGAAUGUAGAGCAUUUGCCUCUGUCCCAAGAGAAGGCAGUUCAGCUGGUCAAGGAUGUCUUUAUUUCUGCUGCUGAAAGAGAUGUCUACACUGGUGAUGCACUCAGAAUCUGCAUUGUUACAAAGGACGGCAUCAAGGAAGAGACUAUUCCACUUCGAAAGGAUUAAGCAAUUCUCUGCUCUGCAAAUCAGAAUAAAUAUGUACUAUUUCCUUCAAUACAUGAUUUUAGUGUAACUUGACCAAUAUUUUCUGUAUACACUGUCAUUUGUAAGACAAUAAAGUCUUCAAAUCAAAA